UUUGAGUAGCGUAUUACCACAAACAAAGCAGAAGAAGAUAAGUAAAACCUUAUCCUUGGCAAUGCCCAAGUAGUUCAUCAACAACAAACAAAUGGCUUCAUCCACUCUUCAGUUUCUCUCCCAAACAACAACCCUUCAUCUGCACCUCUUCCAACCAACUCAAGCUUUUCAUACAUUACCUUCAUUUCCUCUAAAACAUCGAAAACUCGACCUUAUUUCAAUAAAAUGCACUACAAACUCCUCACCACUUGAACCAGUAGCAGACAGUUUUCCCACCCCAAGCCCAGAGAAUGUAGCCACAACCCCUGCAGAGAACUUCCCCAUUGACAAGAGAAGAGCAUCCGAAAUAAUCAGGGACCGAAAGGCUCGAACCGAGCUCGUAAAACUGGAACCUCCCAACUUUGAGAUAGGUUGGAAGAGGACUAAACCCAUCAACCUAGAGAAGCCUACAGGGUAUGUGAUCAUGGAUUUUCUAGAUAAGUUUGAAGGAUUGAUGAGUCGAGAAUUCGGGUCGAAAGAGCUGCUGGUUAAGGCAGGAGAAAUAGUAGCUGAAAGAGCAAGAGAAGAGGCAGAGGAUUUAAGAGAUGAAGGCAAAGUUGAAGAUAGGAUGGUCACUGAACUUUCCAGGGUUUUGAAGUUAAUGGAAAUGGAUUUGGUAAUGGUUAAAGCUGCUUAUAAAGAAGAGACUCUAAAUGAGAGGCUUGAACAAGCUAAGGCGAGGUGCAGGCAAGCUAUUCUUGUUGCCAAAUCUUUUUGAUUAUUUUUCCAAAAAAGUGACGCCAAAUUCUGGGAAUUGAUAGUUCUAAACUAUAGUUUCUUAGUUAUGUAUAAUAGAGGAAAUUCUGAUCUUGCACCUAAUUUCUGAUUAAAUCGCGCACAGUUUACUCAUUGUUCAGAGUUUGACAUCAGAUAUGCUUUAAUACGACAUAAGUUUA